AUGUUGGCCAUUUUUGGCACUAAAGCGGAUGAGGAAGAGGAAAGAUUGAAGAGAGACCUCCUGUCCAUCAAUCCUGUCUGCCCCAAGCUGCUCUGUAAGUUGUGGCAAUUGUCCAAUAUUGGCCAUAGGGAAAAAGUUAUCAGCAAGUUUUCCACCUCAAGGUCUAUCCAGCAAGUUUCUAUGACUGUCUGGAUAGAUGAGAAAGCACUACUUGAAACAGUGAAGACACUCGAGAUCCGAACAUGCAGAUAUUACAUGAAGGUAAAGCACAGCGGGUUCUCCAAGAUGCUGGAGCAUGCUGAGUGUGUGACGAUCCUGGCACAGAAGUUAAGAGAAUGGCUUUGGGAGCUCCCUCUUGAAGGUAUUACCAUGCCCACUCCUUGUGAUAAAGUGCUGAUUGUACCUUGGAAUACAUUGUCAGAGGAAGCGGUACCAUCAUCCAUCAUGGUCAUAUGGUCGGGUGAAGCUCAUCGUGAUUGCUUUCAUGAGAGGGGCCCAAAAACACCGUAUAUAGGUUCACAAACCCAAACCCGAACUCGUAAAGCCCCUCUGCAGGUUAUCGAGGUAGGUCCUCUGAUUGAAAGCAUAAAAACCAUCUUAGAACUGAGAAGCUGGAUAAAGGGGUGUUAG